AUGCUUUGGAGGGUAACUCUACUUCUUAUUUCGUGUUAUCCAUUAGCAUGGAUGAUGAGCAUUGCUGUGAUUAAUAAUGCAAUGUUUGUUCCGAUCAAUAGUACUUACUGGCUUGGUAGUCUCUAUGGUAUAACAUCACGUAACCAAUGCAUUUGUCAAUGUUACACGAAUUCGAACUGUAACACGAUUAUUUAUUAUGGUCGUUAUCAAAUAUGUUUACUCUUCUCAGCAAAUCUAUGGCAAGGACAACUACAAUGGAUGGCCACCAGUGAAAAUACUACUGUUAUAAGUUUUUCAAAUAGAAGUCUUGUUAGUGAGUAG